GUUCACUUCGGUUAACCCCCAAUGGAUUCGCAAUGGUAUGCAAGUAAAUACAUAUUUUACAAAGCCAUUCACUUUCAUGUCUCUCUUUUCUUUCCCUCUCUUGCAUCAUCAAAAAAUAAUUAAUAUUUCCAUUUCCAUAUAUAUUAGCAAGCCAAAUAAAGAAUCACAAUCUAGCAAAGACUCUAGUAGCAAAAAACCGCGCAACUACAGAGUAGUAUACGAUCCUGAACUCGAUCGAAGCAAGAACAAACAGAACCAACAAAUUGUUCUCCAAUUUGAAGGCGAUGCUCAAUCUUCCGAUCCUCCUCGAGAUCCUCGUUUGAGCGUUCUUGGUUACGGCAAAAAUACAUCCAAAGGCAACAAGACGUAUAGGUCCAAAUUAAAAACAGUACAAUUUUUGGUGGACAACAAUUCGGUAGUAUCGAAGCACCCUAUUGCAAUUGCAGUAUCCAAUUUAUCACCAUUGGCGACCGAAACACAUAUCACGACUCACUUUUCAAAAUACGGCGAAGUAAUAAGCGUCGCGAUUGAAAAAUGCCCUACGACAGGUGGUUCUUUGGGCUUAGCACGAGUUGAAUUUGGGCCCAUUGUCAAAGAGGCAGCGUCACGCGCCGUCGAACACAGCAAUGGACGACUCAUGGGCACGGCUGGUCCACUUCGCGUGGAAUUAGAUUCUGCGGGCGACAAACUUAAAGCGGCAGUAGCAGAACGAACAAAGCGCGGUAGUACUGGUAGCGGCGCAAGUAGUAGUAGCGCUGGAGGUAGCAGCAGUCGAGUUGUUGACGAUACGAGCGACAGCAAACCACCGCCUCCACCAUCAUUACCGCUGUUACGCGACAAUACGCCAACAAGACAACCACAGCAUAGAAGUGAAAGUAUAAAAUCGUCAUCAUCGCACCAUGAAGAAGGCGAAGUUGUUGAAGACGAGCUGUCCCCCACGUCAGCAAAAUAUGGCAGUAGCAGCAGUAUUAGUCGGUACGAUAUGAAGAAUGUUCCACCUCCGCCUCCACCGCCACCGCCACAUCCAUAUCAUCGUUCUUCUUCAUAUAGCAGAUAUGACGACUAUCGCGGAUAUCGCAGUGGACCGCCUCCUCCGCCACCGCCGCUUGGCAGCACCCCUCCUCCUCCUCCUCCUCCUCCACCGUAUUCGUCACGCUAUCCUCCUCCGCCGCCGCCACCAUCGUCAUCGUCGCGUCACUUGGAAUCUGAUCGUUACGAACCAACAUCGCGUAGCAGCGGUCGUCCUCCACCACCCCCACCCCCACCACCGCCACGCUGGAGUAGUCGAGGCAGCCCUUCAGGUUCACCCAGUCCACGGUAUCGUAGUCGAAGUAGGAGUCGUAGCAGAAGUAUCGGACGAGAACCGCGGGGAUAUUAUGCAGAUCGACGAUGGGAGGAACAUGAGUAUGAUCGCGAACGCGAACGGGAACGGGACUGGCGGAGGGAUCGGUAUGGACGACGCAGUGAAUACUGGGGUUCUGCUGAUGAGCGGCGACCAAGAGAGGAUCGAGAUCAACCAUCCCUUGUUAUAACUCGACAAUGCUUGCCGUUCAUGCGCGGUGUUCUGGAAGAUCUGCGCAAGCUGUUCUACUACUACAACUGUGUUGAUAUAUACCAUGAUGCUGAUAGUUGGCACGUUGUGUUUGAUUCUACGAGUGCAGCAAAGCGGGGUUUGGCAGCAGCAAAUGGCCAGCAAAUCAUGGGACAUACCUUAUCAAUCAUGCUGUCUGAUCCAGCCGGUUCAUCACGACGUGAAUCGACUAAACCACCGCCAUCAUCAGCAGACGAGCCUCGCAGGGACAGCGACAGUAUAUCCGAAUUGCCAACGACAACGAACAGACUUACUGCUGCAACAUCUGGGCGUGACGUGACUAAAAAAGUGGGCACGCCAAAGCCCGAGGAACAGCAAAAGUCGACAACAACAACCAGCACCAGUGACGAAAACAAGUCUGUCGCAGAACAAGCCAAGGAUUUGUUGAUGAGGGAGUUGGCAGAUGUGUUUUUGAAAGAUUUGAAAAGCCGUGUGGUAGGACCUGCUAUCAACGAUUUCCACAACCCAGAAUUACGCAAAUCACGAGAAGCUCCAGCACUACAGCCUGCACCAUCCUCAACAACAACUACGACUCCUGCUGGUGCUGCUACUUUUGUUAGCCAAAAUGCUCGACCUGCAACAUUGUACGAAACCAACGAGUAUGCAGCACAAAUUCCACCAGCUACACCAACGGCAGCAUCUGCAUCAGCUGGCGAACAGCGGCAACGAGAAGCUAUAAAGACACCCACAAAGCCUUCAGAAGGCAAUCUGCCCUCCAUCAGCAAACUGCCACGAAUAAAGAAACGACCCUCCGCAUCGCGAGCACUUGAACCUAACGGCAGCAAAAUCAUCAAAAAGCCACGUUAUUCAUCUGAUGAAGAUAUGGACGAUGACGACAAUGACAAUGAACGAGAUAGCAGCAGUCGCGGAACCACACCAAGGCACCGCUCGUCUUAUUCAGAACAUCGACCGCCACCACGUCGUAAGCGUGUAUUGAUGACAUCGAGUUCGGAUGAAGAUGAGGGUUCAUUUCAACAGAACGGUUUGCAAUACAAUAACAAUGAAGGGUCGGAAGACGGAGAAGAGGAGGAGCGGGUUCAUUUGGCAAAACCGCGUAAAGGACGUCCAGCACAUAGACCACGCACUUUACGUGAUUAUCUAAGUGAAGAAAGCGAGGUUGAUAAUGAACACGACCUAUUUCUACAGCGACUGCAGCGUCAUUCGAGCGAAGAUAAAGAUGACGACGAACAGGACGAAGAUCUCGAUUCAGAAAUGAAGGGACGAGCGAAAUCAGGAAAAAGCAGUACGCGGGACAGAGUCGAAGUUGUUGAUACGCCAGACUCGUUACCGGAUGUUCAUCAUAUGUAUAACGUCAAGGACGAACGCACAACUACUACGAAAUCCGGUCGACGAAGGUCACCUCCACCCACAUCAUCACCAGCAGCAACAGCAUCAGAAACUCCAAGAACAGCUGCAACACCCAUUGAAGAGGAAGCGCAGCAACACAUAGACGACUAUGAUUUUUUCGACGAAUCAGAAAUCAUCUUACCGAAACCAGCCAAACGACGCAAGCGUGCUCCUGGACGACCGAAAAAAUCUGCUGCUGGCGCUUCCGGUGGGGGUGGUGGUGACAAGGACGAUUCUCAGAACCAAGCACUAGCAGAAGAGGCAAAGCGAGCACGAAAAGAAGAAGCCGAACGACAAGUACGAGAACAAGAAAAGUACGAGCAAUCACUCUUGGAAUCGGACGACUCGGACGAUGAGCUGUUAUUGGAUCGCAGCGUGGAGAAUGGGGUUCUCAAGGAUGCAGCAGUCAACGCUGUUGAGAAACGUGCUGAGUGGGAUCCGUUCCAACAAGUCCAAGACGGCGAGGAUUUUGAGUUUUUGCGGUUGGCUAUACUGGAAAAAGUGCGUCCUGAUCAAGCGGUUUUACGCGACAUGAAUGGUAACAAUGAAAACAUUGCUGGUGGUGGAGGUAGUGCUACUGCUACUGCGACUGCUGCUGGUGGUGGUGGCGUUGAUGAAAACGAUAUUGGCGAUGAUGGACAAAUACCACCAGACAAAAAGAAAGGCGGAUGCGCGCGGGCGCGCGGAUACUAUCCCAUUCCAGACUCUGUGAAAGCAACCUAUCUUCCUCGCAACCGAGCUGUGUUUGAUAACCCAAGUCUUGUCAAUGGCCGCACCACCUCGCGCACGAACCGUGUCAACAAUCGGCGUCUGCUGGUGGGCAUGGACAUGCAAAAGAAAUCCUUGGCCGAUUCAGAUAUCCUCAAAUUCAAUCAGCUCAAGAAUCGCAAGAAGCAGCUGCGGUUUGCCAAGUCGCCAAUCCAUGACUGGGGCUUGUUUGCUGAAGAACGGAUUGAUGCGAAUGACAUGGUGAUUGAAUAUGUGGGCGAAGUGAUCCGGCAACAGGUCGCAGAGGAGCGUGAGAAAAAGUACGAGCGCUGUGGCAUUGGAAGCAGUUAUCUGUUCCGAGUCGACGAUGAUACGGUCAUUGAUGCAACGAAGAAGGGCAGUAUUGCUCGAUUCAUAAAUCAUUGUUGUUCGCCUAACUGUAGUGCCAAGAUCAUCACUGUGGAUAAACAAAAGAAGAUUGUCAUUUAUGCAAACCGAGAUAUCGAGCCUGGCGAAGAAAUUACAUACGAUUAUAAAUUCCCUAUCGAAGCGGAUAAGAUACCCUGUUUGUGUGGCAGCAAGUUCUGUAAGGGAACUCUCAAUUAGCUGCUUUACAUCAAAGUACAUAGUAAUAAGUAAUAAACACAGCAACAACAGCAACAACAACGGCAAGACACCUUUUUCUCAAUAUUCUACCACCAUUAGUUCUUGUGUAUAUCUUUCUUC